AUGUACGAGCGGGAUCCGAUCAUGUCGAACGCGUUGGACAACUUGUGGGAAGCGCUACAGUCGCAUGUACUGCUCUCGAUUGCAACGGAUGCCAAAUAUAUCUCCAAUCCGCUUCCUAGCGCCGAGGUAGCCGAUGGGCCCUCCUCGAUGGCGAUGGAGGUGACGGUGACGCGCAAAGAGCUCGACGAGCUUCGAAAAGUAUGGACCAAACAAAUCUCCAUGGCAUUCCACCGGGACGUCAACACGCUGAAAGCCGUUACAGAAUCUAAAUCCAGUCGCGCCAUCAAUUUGUUCCCGUACCUCAAGGCCCUAAGUGUGCCGCAGUUUACCGAGAUUCUUCUCGACGAAGCCCAAAUGUUAAUCGAAGGAUCGGACACGUUCAGCAUCGGUCUGUCGCAUCUGCAUAAGGAGCUGGGCCGUAAGGUUGAAUCUCGAUAUCACGUUGAGCAGAAGCGGCAGACUGGGGUGCUGGAUAAGACGUGUGAGAUCUACAGUUUGUACUGCGAUGUGCUGUCCGAGGGAAAUAGCAGCGACAAUUCGAGACAACUUUGGCAAAGGUUAAUCCACGAAAAUAGAAACGAAGGUCCCAGUUUGGAUGUUCAGAGUGUUACAUGGCCAAAAGCUGCGGCCGUCGGAGUUGGUAAAUUCCUGUAUAAUAUUCUGAAGAAUGAUCUUAAGAUCAACGUGAAUGCUACAUCGCGAGGGAAUCGCCAGCCGAAGCUAGUGCCGGCAUUCUAUUCGCUUUUUCGAUACGAGGCAAAGCUGGCCAAAGAACAAAUCAAACCCCAUCCAGUGUUGAUCAAGCUUUACCGAAAGUCCCAACAGGAAAAUCUUAAAUUUGAUAUCAAUUUGGUUCCAAUGAUGUGUCCUCCGCAGCCUUGGAGUACGCCUGUGAAUGGAGGCUACAUAUUGGCCAGAUCGGAUCUUAUACGAUUGCCACAGCAAGCCCAUCAACAGUCCGAACGAAUUAACGAAGCUAACCCCCAGGACAUGUAUCCCACGCUUGAUGCCCUCAACCAGCUGGCCAGCAUUCCUUGGAAAGUUAACGAAGAUGUCUUGGACAUUGUUCUGGAGGUUUUCAAUAACGGAGGCAAUGCCAAGCUUGAUGUCCCAGAACCACCCAGUGCGCUGCCAUCCAUCGUGGAAACAGUUCCCCGAAAUGAGAUGACAGGCUUUGACCGGUUCAACAUGGUCCGUAAAAAGAUGACCCACAGGCGAAAACAAGGCGACAUGUACAGUCUAUGGUGCGACGCCUUAUACAGGUUGUCGCUGGCCAAUCACUUUCGGGAUAAGGUGUUCUGGCUUCCCCAGAAUAUCGACUUUCGUGGUAGAGUGUAUCCCAUCCCGCCGCAUUUGAAUCAUUUAGGGCACGAUCUGGCGCGCUGUCUGAUGGUUUUCCAUCAAAAGAAACCACUGGGCCCGGAUGGGUUUAACUGGCUGAAGCUACAUUGCAUCAACUUAACUGGAUUGAAGAAGCGGGAUUCGGUUGAGGAACGUCUGAAGUAUGCCGAUGAAAUAAUGGACGAUAUUCUGGAUUCCGCCGAUCGACCCUUGACCGGAAGAAUGUGGUGGAGUUCAUCCGACGAACCCUGGCAAACUCUGGCCUGUUGCAUAGAAAUUGCAAAAGUUCACCGCUGUCCCGAUCCAACCAAGUUUAUGAGUGGUUUCCCAAUCCACCAGGAUGGUUCCUGCAACGGUCUGCAGCACUACGCCGCGCUGGGUCGAGACACGGCUGGAGCCGUUAGUGUUAAUCUCGCGCCUUCCCCGGUACCACAGGAUGUGUACAGUGCGGUAGCCGCCUUGGUAGAAGACAGCCGCACCAAAGACGCCGAGAACGGUGUUAAAGUUGCCAAAAUCCUCGAAGGCUUCAUCAAACGGAAGGUCAUCAAACAAACGGUCAUGACUACGGUUUACGGAGUAACCCGCUACGGAGCCCGCAAACAGAUCGCCCGUCAACUGGAAUACAUCGACGAGUUUCCCAAGGACUGGGUCUGGCCUGCUUCCAGCUACCUUACUGUAAAAACCUUCAACGCCCUCAGCGAAAUGUUCACUUCGGCCAAGGAAAUCCAGGACUGGUUCACCGAUUGCGCCCGGCUUAUCUCGGCCGUGUGUGCCCAGAACGUCGAAUGGAUCACCCCACUGGGCCUGCCCGUGGUGCAACCGUAUAACCGUUCCGAUCGACAAGGGUCCUCCUCCAAAACGGUACAAAUCCCGGAACACUUCUCGAUGGAUUCGUACGAAAAGCCCAACAUCAUGAAGCAGAAGAAUGCAUUCCCGCCCAACUUUGUCCACUCGUUGGACUCGAGCCACAUGAUGCUGACGUCGCUGUUUUGCGAACGAGCGGGACUAACGUUCAUUUCCGUGCACGAUUGCUACUGGACGCAUGCCUGUACGGUGUCAACGAUGAAUAAGAUAUGCCGAGAGCAGUUUGUUGCUCUACACUCGGAACCGAUUCUCGAAGAUCUCUCCAAAUUUUUGGUGCAAAAGUAUAGUUACAAUGAAAGUGAAAUUACCAACGACGGUUCGGUGAUAGAUCUGACAAAGCGCAAGCUGAACCGCAUCCUGCACCAGUAUCCGGACAAAGGAGACUUCGACCUGCGGAAGGUGCUGAAAUCGGUGUACUUUUUCAGUUAGGUCGGCAGAGCUGAAGCUUCGUGGCUUUGGUGGUGUCGUCUAGUCAGUUGUGAUUCGUGAAUCGGCUAUCAUGUUUUUCCCGCGGUGGAAAAUCGGUAAGUUGAACCCAUUGUGAUUUCUAUGCGAUUGUGGAUCGUUCGGUUUUUAUUAUUAUGUCGUCGCGGCCCUAACGUUUUACAUUAGGCUUGGUAAGGUAGCAAGCAGGACUGAUACAGAAUAAAGUGAUGCGAAUAUCA